CCAAGUAAUAGAAAUCUGUCAUCAAUUAUAGAUUCAUAAGUUCAAGCUUCACGGAAAUUUCUUUGGGUAUGAAAGACAUAUAUAAAUAGACUUGUCACAUGAAGGCAUGCUCUUCAAAAAACAGAACAAGAAAACAUUUGAAGCACAACAGACACACAAUAUUUACACAUCAUGGCAGAAAAUGAGAUGCAGCCCAAGUCCAAAGACAUACUAAAUGAUGAAGAUGACUAUUCGGAUAUAAGUUUGCGGCUGAUGGAUGUGAAUGACAUAGAUGAUUUCAUGGUAUGGGCUACAGAUGAUAAGGUGAGUCGGUAUUGUACAUGGUCUACUUACACUUCUAAGGAGCAAGCUAUGGACUUUUUCACUAACAUCGUCGCUCCACAUCCCUGGUUGAGAGCCAUAUGCCUCAGAAACCGCGCGAUAGGAAGCAUAUCUGUGACACCAUUCGAAGGCAGUGACGCCUGUAGAGGUGAACUUGGUUAUGUUUUGGCUUCAAAGUACUGGGGAAAAGGCAUUGUGACAAGGGCUGUGAAAAAGGUUGCCUCAGUGAUAUUUGCUGAGUGGCCACAUUUGGAAAGAUUAGAAGCUCUGGUUGACGUUGACAAUGCUGGAUCACAGAGAGUGCUGCAGAAAGCUGGAUUUCAGAGGGAAGGUGUUCUGAGGAAGUAUGUGAUUCAGAAGGGAAGGACUAGAGAUAUGGUGAUCUUUAGCCUUCUUUCUAGUGAAAUUACUCAAAGUUAAAUUUUAGUAUUGUUUCGUUUCGUAUGGGCUGGAAUAUUGGAUUGUAAUUUUAAUUAUUAUGAUGUUAUGUCAUAUAUAUGUGGAAGAACUUGUCACAGUAGA